AUGAAAUUUGUGUUUCUUAUCGAGCUGAGCAAUGCCAAUGUGCCACUAGAGCUUCGCCUUGCGCACGUUGAGGAAGAUUGUUUUGUGCCGCUUGAUGCAGAUACAGACGCGCAGCUUGUAAAGGUCGAUAAGGCAGAGAUCUUAUAUGCGCAGGGAAAUACGGUUCUGACUAGGCAUAUGGCGUGGAGGCAGAGCAAGCAGGCCCUUGUGGCUAAUGAUAGUACUGAGAUCAUGUUCAUGAGUGAAGUUUUCAACGAGGGUGCAAUGGGAACUGAACCUACUGAAAUGGCUCGGACUAUCGCGGCAUCUCUGCAGGAUGGCUUGCGAGAGUUCUUUGGUGUCGAAAGUACAGUUUCGUACCUUGGGAAAAGCCUGGGCAAGCUUGAUACUGUUUUGUAA